CGCGGUCACACUAGUCACUUUAUUAUUAAUAUUCAAUUUUUUGCAAAUUUGCUAACAAAAUACGAUGCAUGGACGUGUGAAAGUACGCACCACCGAGGAGGAGCGAGAGCGCAAGAAGAAGGAGCACGCGCUCAAGGUGAGGGCCUACCGGGCGGCCAUGGGACGGAUACUCAAGAAGCGCGAUGCAGGUGAACUCGAUGACGAAAUGCUCGGCCUGACUGUGCAAAUCCUGCAUCGCAAUCCGGACGUGAGCACGCUGUGGAACAUUCGUCGGGAGUGUGUGCUGGAGAAGAUCAAGCAGCUGGCAGAGCCAGCGACAGAGUCCAGCAAGUCAGACGAGCUGCAGGCGGAAGCAGAGUCGGCGGCAAAGCCUGUGGAACAGGAGGAUAAACUGCAGUCAGUGUACGGCCAAGAGCUGACCCUCACAGAACAGUGUCUAAUGGUCAAUCCCAAGUCGUACAAUGCCUGGCAUCAUCGCUGCUGGACACUGGAGCAGAAUCCCCAGGCAGACUGGGAGCGGGAAGUGCAGCUCUGCAACAAGUAUCUGAAAUACGAUGAGCGAAAUUUUCACACCUGGGACUACCGGCGCUAUGUGACCGCCAAGGCGGGCGUGCCUGCCGAGCAGGAGCUGGACUUUUGCACUGAGAAGAUCAAGGUUAACUUUUCCAACUAUUCCAGCUGGCAUCACCGAAGCCUCCUGCUGCCGAAGCUCUACCCCAACGAGCAGCGCGACCGACCCAUGAGCGAGGAGAAGCUACAGGAGGAGCUGGAGAUGGUGCUCACCGCCGCCUUUACAGAUCCCAACGACAGCAGUGCCUGGUUCUACCAGCGCUGGCUGCUGGGCGGUGGUGCCCAAGUGGACCAGGCCCCCAAGGUGGUUGCCUUUCGCAUGGGAGCAACUGGAGCAGUAGUAGCAUUCAACAAACCCUGUCCAGACUUCGAACAGUUCAAGGUUGAGCUUGCAAGCAACGAGCGUUCAUUGAAGUUGGAAUCCUGGCAGCCUGCGGACAGCAAAAGGACCACCUGGAGAACCCAGACAUCGAUUGACUACCAAAAGGAUGCAUCCUACUACUUGAAGCUGGCUGAGCAGGAGAUCAAACUCUCGCCUCUGCCCACUGGCGACGGUACCUUCUACUUUGUGCCGCCCCAUGCCGCCUCCAGCUGCAGCAAGGAGCUUUUCGAGGAACUCCAGACGCAGCUGAAGUCCUGCUACGAUCUCCUGGAGUACGAGCCCGACAGCAAGUGGACCCUCCUGACCAGUGCCCUCCUAAUGCGAGCCAUCGAUGUUACCGCCAACCACGAGAGAAGCCUGGACCACUUGGUACAGUUGCAGAAGGUUGAUGCCCUGCGGGAGGGCUACUACAAGGAUUUGGCUGCAUGCUGGACCCUGGAACUUGAGCUGGCCAAGUGGGUCACGUCCCCCGGGUUUCCCAAACGCUUUGAGUUAACAUCGGAAUCGGCAUUGACUUCGCUGCCUUAUGGUCAGUAUCUGGCGAUUGCUGAUGAAUUGGGACUGCCCGCCAAACUCAAGGCACAACUGAGCGACCGAUUGCCGCAAACGUUUGCAGAGUUGAAGUUGUAGGAGUAAUGGAAUCCCAUCAACACACAUAUAUUUAUAAUAACUGACCAAUGUCAUUUUCCAUUAGGUAUUCAGUUAGGCUUUCAGGGUUUUUCGUGUGGUGAAAUUGUUCCGACUUAUACUAAAGAUGUAAACACAUUCGAUUUAUUAAUUAAAACUAUUUAUAAAUAAUAAUACAUACAAUAUUUAUGUAAAUAAAACGAGCAUUUGUGAA